AUGCGUUCCCCUAUCGACUUCGAGAAAGCGCAUCACUACGACCCGUGUCGUGGAAGUAUUGACAGCGACGACUAUCCCUUACCACCCUUCCUCGACGAAGCAGAACAAUCAUUGGCCAACAGUGCUGCGCAUCCACCACCGCCUCCUGAUUAUUCGGCCUUUUCGAUUGAUCGUAAGCGUUUCAUUCUCGCUGUCGUUACAGCUGCGGGGUUUUUUGGUCCAUUAUGCGGAGCAGUUUACCUCCCAUCUCUUAAGCUGUUCCAGAAGAUCUUCAGUACCUCAGAAACUGCAGUAAAUGGAACUGUGUCCAUGUACAUGGUCGUGUUUGCUAUUGCACCUCUCUUUGGUGCAGCGGCUUCUGACAUUGGAGGACGUAAGACUGUUUAUAUGUUCGGUCUUGGGAGCUUCUUGAUUGCAAACUCUCUGCUUGCUCUGCUUCCGCCACAUAUUGUCUGGUUGUACUUUCUCCGUAUCUUCCAGGCUUUCGGUUCAUGCAUUGUGUUCUCCGUCGGAGCAGGUACAGUAGCUGAUAUUACAGAGCCUGCGAGCCGUGCAUCUGCAUUGGCUUGGUUCCUCAUGGGUCCUCAACUUGGUCCUAUUCUUGGACCACUCAUCGGCGGUCAAUUUGCAACUGAGUCGAGAUGGAGAUGGGUCUUCGGUUUCCUCUCGCUCACUAGUCUUCCUGUCUACUUCGCCAUUGUUUUCUGCAUGCCAGAGACUCUGCGAUCGCUCGUCGGAAAUGGCACUGCUCUUGCACACCAGCCCUGGUUCUCGAUUCCCAAGUUUCGAACCAAGCCAUGCACAGACUCAAAAGUCCCUAAGGCUCCUCGACCGUCGUUCCGCAAAUUCAUACAUCUUCUCAAGUACCCUCCUCACCUGAUCGUCUCAUUCAAUGGUGCUUUCCAGUUUGCCGGUCUGUACGGGAUGUAUAUAUCAUUUCCUACGAUAUGGAUCGAAGGUUACAACUGGACUACCGCGAAAGUCGGUUACGGGUUCCUCUGCCCUGGUAUGGCCAUGUUCAUCAGUUCAGUCUUCGUCGGUCGCAUGUCUGAUUACAUGCGGAAGAAGGCUAUAACAGACAGCCCCGAUGGCAAAGUCGCACCCGAGCGAAGAAUCGCAAUUCAGAUUCCCGGAUUCAUCAUUGCCGCUGCGGGAAAGAUCAUGUUUGGAUGGUUCACACAGAAUCGCGUGCAUCCAGCAGCAGGCCUCUUCGCCGCCGCUGUUGCAGCGGCUGGUGUUUCUGUGGUCUUCGUUACCAGCACGUCCUUCCAAACUGAGUGCGACCCGGCCCAGACUGCCAGCUUGGUCGCUCUAGGAGGGUUUCUUCGUAAUGUCUCUGCAGCAAUUUGUGCCGCUAUUAUGGGCAGCAUCCUCGAUGGGAUGGGUUGGGGCUGGGCCUUUACCGGCCUCGGUAUCCUUGACCUCAUCUGCAUUCCAGGCAUCAUCCUGAUCAUGAUCCGAGGAGCGAAGUUCCGUGAGGCACUGAAGCGAGAGCAGCAGCUGAACAAGUAG